AUGAAGAUUUUGAAAUUAAAUAAAUAAAUAGGCAAAUAAAAUAAAUAUAUAUUCUUAAAAAAUGUUUUAAUUAUUCAUUUGAUAGGUAGUAAAAUAGAGCUUAUUUUUAUAAAAUGAUAAAAUCACUACCACAAACAUGGUCUUCAACGAUGCAAGUUUUAUUAUGGUUGUACAAAAACUGAUGUCAUAAGUAAAGUGGUCACAUUUUUGUAAAAAACUGGAAAUUUUCAAAAAGGUUUUUAUCAUAAUCUUCUUUGAAAAUGAAUUACGACAUCGGUUCUACAAUGCAAAAAUACAAUGUCUUUAGGGAAUGUGAACGGGCUCUCUCUCACUCCUUAUUUUCAUCUUCUUUUUAAUCUCUUUCUCCCUCAGUUUUAGAGAAUCCUAAAUUCUCCUCCUUGCUCUCUCUCUCUCUCUCUGUCCGUGCCGCCAUCACCGUGGAGAUCCCCACGAAGCCGGUGAAGAUACAGAGGCACAGGUGUUCAUUGCUCACGAGAUUGACUUGGAUUCUUCAUCACUGGAAGCUAUCCUCUUUCUCGUUCAAACAUGGCAUCUACAUCCUCCUUAUCAAGUAUGUCUACGAAACCUUCGUUUAAACCCCAAUCUUCAUGCACAUGCAUUCGUUGCCUUAAAAAACUACAAACCAACGCUUAACUUAUCAUGAGAGUCUCACUAUUCUAACUAAGAUGUUGGGCCUUGUUCAACUGCAAAACCCUUGUGGUGCUCAAACGUAUUGGGGGCUUCAAUAAGAACCCUAUUUUGUUCGAUUUUUCAUCCAUUGAUCUGCCGUUACUAACAACCUUGCAUUUGGAAUCAUUUAUACUAGAGUGUAGGGAUACGCCAGAGCUUCCUGGUGGGAGUUUGAAUCUCAUGUUCUUGUGCGUGAGCCAUCUUUAUUUUAGUGGUCCUGAAGCAAGGUUUGAAAGAUUGCCUAAGUUGGUUAGAGCCACGAUUGCGAUAGGCCAUGUUCCAUUGGAGGUUGUUAAUAAUGUUAAGUUUCUGCACAUAGAUUGGGUUGAGGGGUUAGAAGUGAUCAAGCAUUGCCCCAAUCUUCAAAUUCUUGACAUUGAUAUGGGGAGUAUUGACAUGAAUGCUAGAGGCGAUGAAGGAGCAGAUUGGCCAUUCCCUCGAUCUGUCCCUUCAUGCAUUUCAUUACAUCUUAAAACAUGCGAAGAAGAAGAAACAAAGAAACAAAGAAAGGUGGUGCUAGGUGUGGCUGUUACUCUAUUCUAUGGCGACACCCAAUGAGUCACUAGUUGACUCACAUGACCCGUCUAUAUUAAAAAAUUAUAAAUAAUUUAUAACUUGUAAAAUUUUAUACUUAAAAAUAUAAAUGAAAAUACAAUCAAACUUCUAUCAA